AUGGGAUCGACAACAAAUUAUCUCAUUAUGCCAGACAACGGCCUCGGAAAAUAUGAUGCGGCGAACAAAAAAAAGACACGGGCUGCAGCGCUGACCAACAAGAAUUGGAUCAAUGACUGCUAUCGGGAAUGGAACCUAUCUUACGUGACCCACUCCGAUCUCGCCAUAAGGGUGCACGUCAACCCGCGCCUAUCUUCGCUAGAUGUGGCGAAAAGGGCGGAGCAGUGCGGCCGCGAAACGUCGACUGCGCGCAUAAACAUAAAGCCGAUGUGUGCAUCCACGAUGAUCGUAAAU